AUGUCGAAGACACCCGUUUCUCCUCCCGCCGUGCCCGGGACUCCUUCUGCAAGACCAAGGAUCUGCAAGAAGCUCGUGAUCAAGGGCCAUGCUUCAAGCUCUGGAGCUUCGUAUACUCUCUUUGUCAAGGUACAACUGCCUUUUAGCGAGCAUGAAAUGGUCUACGGUCUUUUCAAGGAUCCCAUAGUCGAACUGCAAGAAGCUAUCGUUCAUCGUCUUGACGCUUCAGGUGCAGCUCCCGCACUUUCAGCCUCGGCUGCGACCGCUGCUAGCUCUCUCGGUAUCCCGCUGUCUAUCGAUCACGAGCUCAAUGACAGCUUCAUUGACUUCGAGCAUAAGCCAAAAGAUCGUUCAAAAGUUUUGGCUGCCCCAAAUGACCAGUCGAAUCUACCGAGGGUCAUCAGAGACGAUAACGGCAACAUUAUGCUCAAGACCUUCUCAAAAUCCAGCCCAAGAUCAAAGCCGAGCACCUCUUCAAUUCAAGCCAGCUCAUCCUACAUGAUCACUUUGAAUCUGCUCGUUUCUUCCUCCUCCAAGCCGCCUCUUUCUCCAUUCUCCGUAAGGCUAGCUGUGCCAUCCUGCCUGAACAACUUCAUGCGUUUCACAGUGGAUGAAUCCAUCGACAAAGAUCUUGGCUCGUGCGGCCUUGCUGUCGAGGUGGAUCCCCCUAUCUUGCCCGUAUCUCGCCAUCUCAAGUCACCACGAAGAAGGCCUUCAUCUGCAGCAUCUUCUCGUAGAGCACCCAGUGUGGUGGCCUCUCUCUGUGAUGAAGAGGAUGUUACGCUUCUCGGCACUGCCUCCGGGGACGAUUCCGACCUGGAACAGGACGACUCGGCUAUCGUAGGGCCCUUCCAGGCUUGCGAAGCACUUGUGAUUCGCAUUGCUGCUCCUCAAGCCGGCGAUCUAUUCUUGCCAGAGCCUCCCGUCCGCACACUUUCGAAUGCUCUCCGAGCCAAGAAAGCCAUCAGCUCGAUUUCUUACCAGGCACGAGUCAUACAAGCUUCAGAGCGAUAUGUUGAAGAGGCAGAUGACGCCCAGGUGGAAUUCCGAGCCACAAUUCAACUUCACCAGCCCUUCUUUCCCGGUCUUGAUCGCGAGGUGAUGCUCUAUAUGCAGAUGGAUCCUUCAGUCGAUGUCCUGAGCUGGCAACCGACUGCGGUGGAUGCAUCUAGAGGCAUUUCGAGCUGGUCCUUCGGCUCAGUGGCCUCAUCUUUGUCCUCUCCGAACCAGCUCCCUAGAAUCGCAUCAGACGGUGCACUUAGCAAGUCACCUAGCUUGGACAUUGGAGACGUCGUGAUGCUGCCGGAUCCCACGCAGCAAGCAGGUGACGAAGAGGAUCUUCUCAGUGUCGCGCCGCCUAAGGGCAUUGACGACAAUGACUUUGACUUCUCCCUCGACAAUGCAGCAGCAACCCCAUCGAAGCAGAGACGAUUCUCACUCCAGUCUGCCGGCAGUGCUAAGCCAUACCCAUCUCAGCCUCCAUCCGAGCCCUCGGAAUCUUCGGGAAGCUCAGCGAACAUGCUCGUGGUCGCGUUCAACUUGUUGCCCGUCCUGCAGAGCGACGAACCGGUCGUCAUCACUGUUUGCGGUACCGUAACUCUCAGCAGCGGACCGGAGAUUAAUGUCCAAGAUGCAGACCCCAUCAAGCAUCACAAAGGUCUUAUAGUUCCCGCUGCUCUCGCUCACGAGUACGCGCUGCCUCCUUUCCCAGUUGCUGCUCCAUCCAUGACAACACCCCAGCUCCUAGAACAGCCUACAGAGUCUCUCGAAGCAUCUCUCGAAGCAUCUCGCGAGACUGUUCAACAGCAAGAGUACAAGCAUGGGCUUUCGAUGCAAAGCUUCAAACCCACCCACGACGCGCCAACGGACGAGAUCCUACGCCAGGCACUUGCGAUCAUCGAAGCCCAUAAUGCGUCCCUGUCGGAUCCUAGUCGUAACGCGCUUGUAAGGCAGACUCCUCAAGCCCUCAAAGAAGAGAGAGGUAGAAACUGGAUCCUCCACAUGUCGCACUAUCUCUGGACACUCUUUCUCGCAGCGCUCGUAUUGAUGCUCUUCAACGCUGGUCAGACUGCGAAUCGCGAGUUGGCCGCCAAGCUGGACGAGCUCUCUCGCAUCGUUGAGGCUUCUGCUCGGACGAACGCUCAUCAGCUCAUGGUCAUUUCUGACCACCCUAUCCCUUCCUCAACCGUCGUCGAGGCUACUGUUCCAGCGGUUUCGAGAAAGCCUCCGGACUGCUCAGAAUGCGACUUGCGAUACAAGAAAGAGCUGGAGAAAGUGGCAGAUGACUAUCUCAGCCGUAGUCGCAAAGGAACAAAGAUCAAGAAGCUCGACGCCCCAGCAACCUUGAGCAGCUCAGCAAGCGACAAGCUACACGAAGAGAAGCUCGAACACCUCCAAGCUCAUCGCGAGGAACCAAUCCCAAGAGACGUGGAAUUGGAGUCGGAAAACUUGUUACCAGACGAGUCAAUGGAGGUACGACCCAGCGCUGAAAUGGGAUUAACGUGCUUUGUCUCUGGUUGGCUGCAGGAUCUAUUGCGAGCGCCGAUGCUGAUCCUGCAGCGCUUGUUUGGGUUCUUGACCGGAGCGUAG